GCCGGGUUUUUUCUCGCUCUCGCGGGCUUUGUUUUGACAUGGCGGCAGUCUUUGAAACUUACGUCAGUUAUGUUUCAAUAACGCACUUUUCCCCUCCAGCAACAGCACGUUUCGCCGAUGUUACAGCGAGUCCUGCUUGAGACAGCGCGGUCACCAUGUCAUCUCCAGCCGGGAUUCGGUACUCGCAGGCGGACUUCUUCGCCCGGUGGAUGCCGAGCAGCUCCAGAGCCGGGGUGAUCCUCAGUCCCUGCCCGGACCUGGCUGGCUCCCCGCGGGGGCGAUCCGCCUCCCUGGAGCCGGACGACUCCUUCGCCUCGGACUUCGCCCCUCUGCCGGGCUCCGCGGACAGCAGCUGCCUCGGCGUGGAUGGAUCCGAGCGGUCACCCGGAGGAGAGAAGGUCGGGACCGGCGGGGCGGUGAACGGUGGGCCGGACGGUGUGGAUGCGAUGGCGAGCGCGUCAGAGGACAUGCCCGUAAUGAUGAAGCUGGAGCAGCUGAGGAAGUGGCAGCAGCACAUGCAGGAGCAGCUGAAAGCCCACCAGCUGGAGGAGCUGCUUCACCUCCAGGCCGAGCAGCAGAGGCUGCUGGGAAUGACGAAUGGAUUGCAGCACGGCACAGAAGGUGCAGGUUGGGAUUCCAGGGAAACCCCACACAGCCCCACCACGAACUACCAUGAAGUCACUUUGGGCCUCCGACAGCAGCAAAAGCCCCCACCUGCACAGACUCUGGAAGGGCUACCAGGAGGUCCGGAUUGUGAGGAGGUGGACGAUGAGGCAGAGGGCUCGUGGAGCUCCGGAGGAGAAGAUCAGGAACACGGUGUUGAGAGAACUCAUUUUCAGGAGCAUGAUGACACGCUGAUAGCGAGUAAUGGUGAGGCUUUGACUGAACACAGCAGCAGCAGAGAAGAAGACGUCUUCCAUGACAGACCCAUACGGCUGGGUGUCUGCGGUCAGAAGAAGACCUUUGAGGAGUUGCUGGAGGAGCAGAUGAGGGUGGAGGAGCAGAGGCUGAAGUCUGCCUGGCAACCGCAGACCCACGGUGGCGCUGAAGCCCCCCCCAAGAGGACCUAUUUGAAGCGAGGCGAGGGCCUGUUGAGAUUUACCGCCAAUCGCAAAGCUCCGCCACCGAAAAUGGGGGCGAAGAAUGACACCAAACCAAAACCCCCGUCCAGAGCGCUCCGCCGCAGCAGCUCUGAGCCUGCAGCCAUCCAGCGGCUCGCCGUCCAGCGCAAAACCGCCACACUCAACAAGGAAAACCGCCCGAGAGGUCUCUGUUCGCCGCCCCGGGACCUCAGAGGGGAGACCAAAGCGGCGUGGACGAAGGUGUUGGCGAGCCAGCAGAGACGCAACACGGAGACGGUUGACGGCGAGCCGGACAGGACGCGAGCCGAACCGCGUCGGCCGUGGAGGCCAAAGGACGCGGCCUCGACAGCUCGGGUCGAGAGGAGCGGCGGGGCGGACGCACCGCGGCCAAACCCCGUCGCCAAACAGGUGGGCGCGUCGAGAGAGCCGGAGGAGGGGCAACCGGCAGGGGGAGGAGACGGCGUUCUGGGGGAGUCCUUCGAGGUGUCGUUCCAGGAGAAGCUGCGGCGCUGGGACUGCGACCAGCAGCUGGAGACGGUGGAGCUGGGAGAGUUCGAGCUGUUGGAGCAAGCGGCCGAGGAGCUGUCCUUCUCCUCCAACUCCUCCUUCGUCAUGAAGGUUCUGCAGCUGGACCAGCAGCACGGAGGGCUGCACCCACGUCGGCUCUCCUCCACCCCCAUCAAGUCGCCGCCCAGAGGUGCAAUCCAGAGGUGCAGCGGCCCAACUGCUCCAAACUGCUCCGUCUCCUCAGAAGCUUUGGCAGCGAAGGCGAGAGACGACGCGGUCGGGGACAAAGUGAGCGUGGAGGACGAGCUCAGGCAAUCGGAUGCCUCCACCUGCGAGUCCGAAGGGCAGGAAGUGGGGGUCCAACCGCCUUCGUUUCCCGGCACCUUUCACUUUCCCGCUCGUUCCGACCCGCCGUACGACAGGCGCUCGUAUCAGGACGAGGAGAGCGGCGGGGAUUCGGCGUCGGACGGGACGCCGCUCGACGACGUCGGGCCCGACGAGUCAACUCUGAUCGAGGACGGCGACGGGCAGCGGUACGGGGUCGUGUUCGACGACGACGACACGUGGAACGACCCGGAGGACGCCGGCUCGGGCGAUGACGGGGGAGGAGCCGGUCCGGCCGAUGGGAUCGCACCGCCGGGGAGGACUCUGUCCAGCAAGCUGGCGGUGAACAAAGGGGCGGAGGCAGACGAGGGCGCGGCUCCUCCUCCUCCCGCCUCGCAGCUCAUGACCAGGUUGUUCCCCUCGCUGAAGCCAAAGGCCCAGAAUGCACCUCUCCACCCUCCUCCUGAGUCCAAAAGGGCCGAGGAGACGACGGGCCAGCAGGUCCAGUCCAGGCAGCUGAGGGAGAGACUGGUGGAGCUGGAGAUCGAGAUUGAGAGAUUCAAGAAGGAGAACGCCGCUCUCGCCAAAUUCCGACAGGAAAACGAGAAGAACCGGGAACAUCUCAGGACGGAGCGGUCACAAUUCGAGCAGACGAAGGCGGAGGAGCUGGCCAAGUUCGAGGAGUUCAAGAAGGAGGAGAACCGGAGGCUGCAGAAGGAGCGCAAGCUGUUUGAGAAACACGCGUCGGCCGCCAGAGCCGUGCCUGACAAGAAGGAGCGGGAGGAGAUCCAGGCGCUGAAGCAGCAGCUGAGCUCUCUGCAGGAGGAGCUGAGGGGGAGGGAGACUCGCUGGGCCUCCUCCCACAGCCGGCUGAGGCAGCAGGUAGACUCCCUCAGCCAGGAGAACGGCUCUCUACGGGACGAGAUCCGUGUGCUGGAAAAGCUCCGGCUCAGCUCCUGGCAGAAAAACCCCGUGGACGCAGAGAAGGACCGAGAAACAAAAGAAGGUCCCAAAACAUGCGAGAACAACGCGUCGGUGACCAAAGGAGUGAAAUUCGCUAGUCCCCUGGACUCCAGAGGAGGAGGACCCAUCAGCAGGAGGAUCAGCCCUCCGCACAGCGACACUGCAGCCUGCAGGGGGGGCUCCGGUGGGGGGGGUCAGGGUGCCGCCGCCGGGAUGAAGAGCAGCCUGAGGAGGCCGUCGGCGACGUGCCUCCCCUCCACCGCGUCCUUGUCCUCCUCGUGGCCCGGCAGGAAGACGGACGAGCGGUUGACACCCGGCAGCGAAGGCCAGGACAAACCGCCGGACCCAGAGCACCUGAAGAGCUCGUCUCUGCCAAGCGAGCCGGAGGGCGGCGAGGUCCAGGAGGUUCUCCCCAACACGGACGGGAAGUUCUUCUCUCUGCAGAAGGAAACGCUUCUGGCCGGCGGCCGGCGACUCAUCGUCUUCAACAACGGGACCAAGAAGGAGGUGUCAGCUGACGGGCUCACGGUCAAAGUCACCUUCUUCAACGGGGACACCAAGGAGGUGACGGCCGACCAGAGGGUGAUCUACUUCUACGCCGAGGCCAAGACGACCCACGUCACGUACCCGGACGGCAUGGAGGUCCUGCACUUCCCCAACAACCAGACCGAGAAACAUUUCCCAGAUGGCCGGAAGGAGAUCGUCUUUCCGGACCAGACGGUGAAGAACUUGUUCCCGAGCGGCCGGGAGGAGAGCGUGCUGACGGACGGCACCGUGAUCCAAGUCAACCCGGACGGCGUGAAGGAGAUCCUCUUCAACACGGGCCAGAAGGAGAUCCACACGGCCAACUACAAGAGGAGGGAGUACCCCGACGGCACCGCCAAGACCGUGUACGCCGACGGCCGCCAGGAGACCCGCUACCCCAACGGGAGGCUGCGGGUCAAAGACCGAGACGGCAACGUCGUCCUGGACAACGGCGCGUAGGACCCCGAUGAGCGGUCUCCCGCGCUGCUGCCUUUUUAAAUAGCGUUCUCACUAUUGUUUAUUUAUUCACUGUAAACAGGAACUCCAGACGACACCUUUAAUGUUUCAGGGACACGAAUCGGUUCUUCGGUCUUGUUUGUGCAGCAUUUUGGGGUCAAUGACGUAUCAAACGUAAUGUUUGGGAUGAAUCAAAUGUUUACGGUGUUUGUUUACUAUUUUAAUUUGUAAAAAUGUGAAAUACUUAUUUAUUUUCUUAUCUUUUGUUUUUAUGUUUGUAAAAUAAAAGUCUGAUCUUAA